CCACUGUAAGGCCUGCUCCUCUGCUUUCAGCUUUUCCACAAGCUCUUUGUGAGCCGUGGUGAAGGUCUUCAUAUUGUGUAGGCGGUGCUGGUCUUCAAUGGCGCAGGAAACACACACACAGGUCACAUCGUCCAAACAGUAGUACUCCAGGAGUUUGCCGUGCUGUGGACAUUUAGUGGUCCCAGACAAAUCCAUGGGUUCAGUCAGAGGAUGAGUCUGCAGCAACACAGGUGUGGUGAGAUGGGCCUCGAGGUGCUGGACGCACAUGGAGAUCUCGCAUUUCAUGCAGCUCUUCCGUGCUGGUUUCCUGUCCUCCCCUGUACACAUGUCGCAGAGAAUAAUCUGUGGAUCCAUUUGUAAGUUGUCUGACAUGUUUUCAAAUGCAAGAGGAUCUGGGAUCUGGUGAUUUAUAAAAUAGCUUGAGUCUGAUCUGAUAGCUGCUACUGUUACUACUGAGAGAUAUCAUUUACUAGGAACCACCCACAGGUUAGGCUGUAAACUUUUAUGACAGUGCAACGGUCAGGUUUGACUAAGGCCCAUGCAAUUUCAUUACAAACAUACUGAUAAAUAAUGCAACUGCAGGGAAAACUGACCUUAAUACAACUAUGGAGGGAGUGUUCAUGGAGUUGUUAAUUGUAUAUAUGUGUACACUCGGUCCAUAUUAACCAUGGCAGACAUGAUAAAAUAACUACAUUUCCAUCAUCAUCAGCCCAUAUUUAAUAAUGAAGAAAGCAGAUGUCUCAUUUUUACACGUGUAUAGUUCCUACACUUGUGACCAAUGACUUUUGAGUACCCGAGACAAAUUAAGAGCUGAGUUCAUUCAUGUCGAUGCACUUAGUGGUGGUUAUGGACGGAGCAGAUCAACAGAAACAAAACAUCUUACACGACAUUGAAUGCACUUAAAGCUCAUUGUUGGUCCAGGUUCACAAGUUGUGACGUGCUUGCUGGGGGUUUGCCAGUGCCAGUGCAGAGAAGCUAAACUUUCACAUCAACUUUCAUAUCCUUCUGGAUUUUUUGAAGGAGCCAAUACCACAGAUGAGUAAGAUGGUUGUUGAUGGAGGGCUGCCCAAGCUCAGACAACAGACACCUAAUGUCUGUGAAGAUACCCAAACUUCAUCCGACGUUAGCACUGGUCCUGAGACUUUCAGCAAAAGCCAAACCAGCCCUCUGUGUCUCCCCCUGGUCUCUGAGAGUGGGAAGCUCAUAUGGGUGCAUUCACACCAGAUCGACCUACACAUGGAUGGUGCAGCCGAGAUGGACAAGGCCUUCGACAGGUUCCCGUACCUGACUCAAAAACAGACGGAAGCUCUGGCACAGCGCUGCUCCCUGCACCCGGACCAGGUAAAGGUGUGGUUCAUGGCACAAAGGCUCCGCUAUGGCAUCAGCUGGGACUACAAAGACAUCUUUGAGAGCCGGAGGAAGUACUUGUCAGGUCAGAUGAAUGUUCAGGGAAAAGAGGCACCGCAAAACAGGAUGGAGGGAGAGGUACUGAAGGGCACAGCAAAGAUGAAGAAACAGACAUCUGGUGGGAUAAAGGCUGGGGAUGUCAGGGUGGAAAAUAGUCCCACAGUGGGGGAAAAUGUGUUGGCUAAUCUGGAGUUGGAGAGAAAAACUAAGCAGGAGCCACUCGUGAAGAAAAAGAACAAAAAGUUAGAGGGAGACAAAAGCAGUGCUCAGAAAAAGCGGAAAAGGAUGACAGUGACAGACAAGGUGGGAAAGAAGAAUAUGAAGGAGGGUAAUGAGGGUCUGUUGGAGAGAGUUUUAGAAGGAGAAGUGAAGAAGGAUCAAGUUCAGAGCAAGGGCAAAAAAUGCACCCAGUCAGGGCCAGAGAUGGAUACCAGUUCAUUGAUCAUUCUGAGGCCGGAAACCUCAACCUUUAAUGCAUAUCCACUGACCGACAGCCCCAUAAUAGAUCUGCUGAGAGGAGUUCCCUGCUCCACCCCGAUUAUCCCCCCUGUGAAUGACAGCUACACUGGAGAAAAAGAAAAGCAGGCCGGGCCUGUAGGGGCACCACGUGAAGAUGAACAAGACCAAAACAUUAUCGUCACUGACAUCGCUAAACUGAAGGAGCUAAUUGAAACAAAGGAUAGCCCCGUCGCUGCGGAUGAUCCGACCCCAUACGUCCAGCAGCAGGAUUCUCUUGCGCUUCAAUCGUGCGCAUUUUCCACUCUCUCCCGCCAUUCAAAGACGCAGGCUCAGUUGACGAUGAUGAAGAUGGCUUUCCUGCAGUGCCAGUAUCCAGGCAGCGAGGGCUACAGCAAACUGGCGAAGCUCAUCGGCAUUCAACGCCACGCGCUGGUUCAGUAUUUCGCCGACAUGCGCUACUACGUGAAGAAAAUGAAGCCUCGCUGGAUGAAUCAUGAGCAGCACAGACAAACCGUGGCCAACAUCAAGUAUCGGCAGUUAAGGGAUUCGCUGGUGAAGGCAGAACAAGAUGAGGGCGGCGCGACCUGGAAGGAGACGCUCUAGAGCAGCGAGAGCUAUGGUGAUGAAGAAAAUAUGGAACGACAAAAAAAAACGCAAAAAAGCCUUCAUCUCUUUUAUUCUGUGUUAUAACAUAUCAAGUUAAAUUCAUAUCUCAGAACUUUUGAAAAGGUCCAGCUGUUUGUUAAGGUCAGUUAAACGUUACCUCUUGUUCUUUCGUGUGGACGUUCCAGUUAGAGCAAUGAUAGGAUUGAACGUUGACAUCCAUGUGCAGUAUUUUCAUUUGUUGCACCUUACGCCGAUGACGCUGUGCUGUUCAGAUGUUUUUUUUUUUA